AUGACCUCCCAGUCAAACAGUUCCCCACCCACGGAUCUAGACAACGCUCUGACCCACUACACCAAUGUCUAUCGCGCCAAGAACCCCAAAUCAUUCGAAGUCAUUCAAUCCGCCAGCAACAGUAUCCCCAGCGGCACAUCGCGCGGCGUACUCAUUCACGCCCCGCACCCGCUCGUCUUUCGCGGCGGAGAUGGCUGCUAUCUCACCUCGCUAGACGGAGAUGAAUACCUCGACUUGUCUCCGAAUACACCGCAGGAAUGUUCGGGCACUCGCAUCCGGCCAUCAUUGAAGCCAUCCACAGCGUCACACAGCAAGGGUUCACGCUGGGAGGUGUGAACAGCAAAGAAAGCGAGCUAGCUCAGAUUCUCGUCUCGCGGUUUCCAAGCAUAGACGCAAUCCGAUUCUGUAAUUCGGGUACGGAGGCGAAUAUGUUUUCGCUGGGGGUUGCUGUCGCAUACACGGGGAGAAGCAAGAUACUCGUCUUCAAAAACGGCUAUCACGGCGGCACGCUCACCUUCGGCGCUAACACCGCCCUCAAUCUUUCCCACGAAUUCAUCAUCGCAAACUACAACGACAUCCCGGAUACAAAAGCAAAACUCACUUCCGACAUCGGCGCCAUCCUCGUCGAACCCAUGCAGGCGGCAGGUGGAAUGAUCCCCGCUGACAUCGCCUUCUUGCAAUUCUUGCGCGACGAAGCGACCCGGCUGCAGGCAGUUCUUAUCUUCGACGAAGUGGUCACAUCGCGACUCAGCUACGGUGGACUCCAGGAACGGUACAGCAUCAUACCGGAUAUGACGACCUUGGGGAAGCAUUUCGGCGGCGGGUUCUCAUUCGGUGCAUUUGGUGGGAAGAGGGAGAUUAUGCGGUCGUUUGAGCCAGGGAAAAAGCAGUCUUUGUUCCAUACUGGAACGUGGAAUAAUAAUGUAUUUUCAAUGACUGCAGGGGUUGUAGCGGCGAAGUUGAUGAGUCGGGAAGAGCUGGAGAGGGCGAAUGACUUGGGGGAUCAUUUAAGGGAAGGAUUACGUCGGAUCUUCGAAGAUAAGCGUCGUGAUCUUCAGGUGAUCGUUAGCGGCAUAGGGAGUGCGGUAGGAGUGAAAUUCUUGGGUGAGAAUGGGGAAAUUAUUCGGGAUCUAUAUUAUUUCUAUUUGCUGAAUGACGGCGUAUAUAUGGCGCAUCGGGGGUCGUUUGCAGUCAAUUUGGUGCAUCGACGGGAGCAUGUGGACGUGGUAUUGGCGUUGACGAAGAAGUUUUGUGGGGAUAUAUUAGCUUUGUAG